AUGUCUCACCACCACUCAGCCUGGACCGCGAACCGGUUCGGAUCUCGUCCAGGCCACCCUACCGAUCCGCGCCGCCAUCACUGGAACGCCAUCCAGGAUUCUCUGCACCCCAUUUACCCGCGUCAGCGUUCCAACAUCCAGCUCGAUUAUCACGGCGAUAUUCUGCCGGCGCCGAGGCUGAAGGAUAACGUUGAUACCUUUUUUGGUCCGGUUAGUGAGGGUGGAAGUAUGAACAAAGACGCCCACUUCACCCCCCUCCACCUCCACGCCUCCCACCACGCCGAUCUCUUCGACGACUUCACGCGCGACCGCCUCCCUUCCUCAGAAGACAUCUACGUGCCUCCGCACCUACAGCCCCUCAACCCCGAAGACGAAGACGACGUGGUCCCCGACCAACACGCUGCUUUCGGCAUCCAAAAGGCUACGCAAAAGACGCGCGAGCCGGCCUGGAGGGAUCUAGGACUGGAUGAGCUGAUGCAGCAGGGCCCCGGGGCGCCGGGGGCAGGAUUGGGAUUGGGAAAUGGAGGGGUGGGUGGUGGGAGUACGGCGGGUGUCGCGGGAGGUGGACCAGGGGCGGGGAAUGGAGGGAGGAGGGUAGCUAGGAAGAAGAAGACGAGGGCUGGCGGGUAUGGGGGGUUGCCGAGGUAA